AUGGCCGGCCCCGCUCUCCUGCGGCCCGGGCCGCCCCCGCCGCCGCCGCUGCUGCUGCUGCUGGCCGCGCUGCUGCCCCUCGGCCUUGGCCUGGGCCUGGGCAGCCCCGGGUGCGGGGCGCGAGUGGAUGUGCGGCUGCGGCGGCCGCAGGCCAGCUACACUCUGCAGGGCGCCCUGCUGGGCGGGCCCCCGCGCAUCGCGCCGCCGCCGCCCGGAGCCGGAGCCGGAGCCGGAGCCGGACUGCAGGGCCGCCUGGUGCUGGUGGGGGACGAGGAGCCCCAGCUUCAGGCCGGCGAUGACUGGAUUGGAGUGGUCCCAGUGGGUGAGGAGCAGGUGGAGACCCAGGGAACCGGCCCUGAGGAGUCCUUCACCUCCGCUGUGGUCAAUAAGAUGAAGCGAGCUCUGGUCCUAGGAGCCUCCGCCCUGCUCAUCCUGGCCCUGAACCAGAAUGCCGUCCGAGAGCUAGAUGUGUCCGAAGUCCUUUCCAAGCCCAUCAUUGUGGUCCAGAUGUCUGAUAACGUCACUAAACUCCUGAGCGCUUUGUUGGGGGGCCUGCAGGCCACAGCCAAGAUCACCUCUCAGGCCAUGCUGCUGGAGAACGUGGGCCUGACACUGACCCUGUGGUCCACCUGCGGCCUGUCCCGGGGUGGCCUCUACGGGGAGUGGCAGGGCGUGAUCUGCCCUGGAGAAAGUGGCUCCAGGGUCCAGAAGUACCUGCAGAAGCUGUGGAAUACUAUCCUGCUGGUGGCCUUGCUUCUCUGCAUGGGCCUUAUCAUCCAGGCGCGGCGGCAGGCACGGCAGGGCCCGGUGGAGCCCGACCCCCAGCUGGACCCCACGCAGCAUAUCCUGCAGACGCUGUCAGCCCUAAAAACCCGGCGCUACCAUCCAGGCCGCCAGCACCGGGCCAACGUGCCCGACAUCCAAACCUGUGCCAUCUGCCUGGACCAGUUUCACAGAAAUCAGUGUCUCAGGGUCCUGCCUUGUCUCCAUGAAUUUCACCGGGAAUGCAUAGACCCCUGGCUGCUCCUUCAACAGACCUGCCCCCUGUGCAAACACAACAUCCUCGGGAGCUCUUGGGCUGAGAGCUAGCCCCAGCCCCGCCCUGGGGGAUCGAGGGGGCAGAGAACUCCAUCUGAAAGGUGCCCUGCCUCUCCGGGCUCACGUGGUGGUCUCAAGGAACACCGUGCCUCGCUCAUUCAGAACCAGAUCAUCUUGGCUGGGAAGGCCCCCACCCAGGAGCAGAAUGCCCAUGCUGCAUCGCCCCUCCCCAUGGGAGGGAGGCCUCUGGGCUGAGCCCGUGGUGACAGCGGGGGGCCGUGUGGGGGCCUGCAGCAGCUCCAUCGAGGCUAGGCCAGCCUGGUGGGGGAGGCCACCCAGGCAGAGACUAGGUCAUGAGUGACCUCCAGGGAGCAGCCCCUGCACUGCUUCUAGGGGCUCAACUUCAUACUAAUUUAUUAGGGUUAAUAAUGCCUGGAAGGGGCUGGAAGGGAGGGCCCGGCCCGCUGGGCACAUUCGUGUACAGUGUAUAACAUUAAAUCAGAGUCACUGCA